AUGGAGGAUCGUAACAUCACUGACGCUGAUCGUGAAUGCCCACAACUUCCGGAAUUCGAUGAGAAAGCGAAUGUUCCGAGAGAUUUGAAAGCGAUGAAACCAGGAGAGGAGAUCGGAAAAAAUUGGAAAGUUGUGAAAGCGAUCCAAUCGGAUAAAGGAUUCAAUACGAUUUAUGUGGGAGAGCAUAUACAGAAAAAGAAAUUGGCCGCGAUUAAGAUCGAGAGAAAAACUGAAACUAUCAAAAUGUUGCAAUUCGAGUUAUUCGUUCUGUUGACUGUGGAGAAGAAGAACAAAUGCAAACAGUUCUGCAAAUUGUUUGAGAAGGGAAAUGAGAAGGAUUAUAACUGGAUUGCCAUCACUCUUUGUGGAAAAAGUUUGAGAACUCUUCGUAAAAACCAACCAGGUGGCAAACUAUCGGUUGCUUGCGGAUUGAGUGUUGCUCAACAAUGUUUGAAAGGUCUUGAAGAGCUACAUCUUCUAGGAUUCAUUCAUCGUAACGUGGCUCCUUCUGUUUUUGCAAUUGGAAGAUUCUCAGGUGACAACAAUUCUGAAAUGAGAAAUAUAUACAUUCUCGAUUUUGGGUUUGCCCAUCAAUAUAAAAAUAAGGACGGAACACUGAAACCUCCAUCUCCAAAUCCAUGGAAAUACGUCGGAAGUCUUCGUCAUAUGCCACGUGCGGCUUUCCAACGUGUUGAGUUCUCUCGAAUGGAAGACUUGGAAAUGUGGUUUUAUUUGAGUGUUGAACUUGUCAAAGGAUGUCUUCCUUGGGCUCAUCUGAAGAAGCCAAAAGAGGUCCACGACUACCAAAAAAUGUGUCGUAAUGGUCUACAAAUGCGUGAAAUGCUCGGUGGCCUUCCUCCAGAGUUUGUCGAUAUUAUGCAGAUGAUCGAUAAAUUGUCUUUUACUGACACUCCAAACUAUAAAGAAAUCUACGGACUUCUCACAAAUGCUAUCCUCUUCAGUGGAAAAAAUGAGUUUCCGUAUGAUUGGGAAGAAUCAGAGAUGAAUGAAUUCAAGAAUCCACCAAAGACAAGUCCCGAGCCAGCUACUAAAUAA